AAAAAAAUACCACUAAAACUAAAUUAUCAAUGCACCUGCAUGCAACCCUGUUGCUCUCUGACUAGAAGGAAUUUGACCAGCAGUGCGGCAUAUUUUGCAAUCAGUUUUUCCUCUAUUAAUUUGUGUUUUUCUCGCGUGAAUUUAUUCCAUUGCAUUUAAAUACGACUGAUUAACAAUGGCACAGAGUAAAUUAAAUGAUUUGGCUGGGAAAUUGGGCAAAGGCGGUCCACCAGGAUUAACUACAGGCAUUAAGUUAUUGGCUGCUGUUGGAGCUGCUGCUUAUGGCGUCAGUCAAUCCUUAUACACAGUCGAUGGUGGUCAUCGUGCUAUCAUUUUCAGUCGUCUUGGUGGCAUUCAAAACGAGAUCUACUCAGAAGGUUUACAUUUCCGCAUUCCCUGGUUCCAGUAUCCAAUCGUCUAUGACAUUCGCUCGCGUCCCCGUAAGAUUUCAUCACCCACUGGCUCAAAGGAUUUACAGAUGAUCAAUAUUUCGUUGCGUGUGCUUUCACGUCCCGACUCGCUGCGUCUUCCAGUUUUGCACCGACAACUUGGUGUCGAUUAUGAUGAGAAAGUAUUACCCUCAAUUUGCAAUGAGGUGCUAAAAAGUGUCGUAGCUAAAUUCAAUGCCUCACAAUUGAUCACACAACGUCAACAGGUUUCUUUGUUGAUCCGCAGAGAAUUGGUCGAGCGCGCACGUGACUUCAACAUUAUUUUGGAUGAUGUCUCGCUCACUGAAUUGAGUUUCGGCAAGGAAUAUACCGCCGCCGUUGAAGCCAAACAGGUGGCACAGCAGGAAGCACAGCGCGCUGUCUUCUUCGUUGAACGCGCCAAACAAGAGAAACAACAGAAAAUCGUACAAGCUGAGGGUGAAGCUGAGGCAGCUAAAAUGUUGGGUCUUGCUGUGAAACAGAACCCUGCCUACUUGAAAUUGCGUAAAAUACGUGCGGCUCAAAGCAUAGCAAGAACUAUUGCAAACUCACAAAACAAGGUCUACCUCUCAGCCGAUAGCUUGAUGUUGAACAUUCAGGAUUCUGGCUUCGAUGAUAUGACUGAGAAAGUUUACAAAAUCGAAUCGGGUUGGUAUGAUGGCGCUAAGAAGGGAGGAAGUGAUAAAUCAUCAACAACCGUUGGUGCCGUUGCUCGACGCACGGCGGAUCGUUUGCUUUAAAGCGAAAGUUUUUGGAUUUUUUUUUUUCGACUACUCAUAGUACCUACAUUUAAAGCAUUUACUGAAUUGUCUUUUAAAUAUUUUUUUGUUUUGUUUUUGUAAUAAUUUCUUGUGCUUCGCUAGCGUUAAGUAGCGAUUUUGAAUUGUUUUUAUAUAAUAAUAUGACUGCGUGUGCCUCGGUUGUAUACCUUGAACUUAUUUUGAAAAUAAUAAAGGCGUUCAACAUAAAAAUUUGCGUUGAAAUUGUUGGUGGAAUAUUAAAAUGAGGUUUUAGAAAUACUUAGAAGAUGUUGAUUUGUUGUUUUUGUAAUGUUGAUCCAGCUCUGCUGAACCGGAAAGUACAAGUCUAGUUGUUGUUGAGGCGGUUACCCAAACCUGGCUGAACCGGUAAACCUAAAUCAAUUCUCAUCGAAGACAUCUAACGGAAGGCCCAGGAAACGAGAGUUUCGACGUGGUCGGAAGGGAAGGGAAAGGAGUGUUUGUUGUUGUUAUAACGGUUGUCCAGCCCUGCUGCAACGGAAAGCACAAGUCUAGUUGUCGUGGAGGUCAUCUUACUUGAGGCCCAGGAAACAUGCUGUUUCGAUGAGGUCGGACCAAGGGAUAGUGGUGUUAGAUGAGUGGGGUUUAGCAUAUAUAUAUAUAUAUAUGUAUAUACAUGUAAAUAUUGGUUUUGUCGGGGUUCAGUCUGGAUAGGUAGGAAUUCAAUCUGCUAAAAUAUCCAUAACAAAGUUGCGCGGCGGUCAGUAUAGUUCUGCGAGCCAACUCUAGUUCGGUGUCUGCAAUAGGUGGUGAAUACGCCAUUCACUGGGAGGGAGUCAAUGAAGGUGUUAAUAGCUCCUCUGUAAAUGGCGUUCAGUGUUUGUCGAAAGUCUGUCGCAUCCGAAGUCCGGUCUGUAUAGUUCUGUAGGUCGUCGAAGUAUUUGAGGAAGAUACUCGCAGAGACAACGUGAGGCAACCUAUGGCUGUCCGGUUUUUUGACAAGUCUGAAGCUUCCCAAGCUGCGUUCUACUGCACCCAGGCCACCAAGUAGAGGCGGUGUAGUUUAUGACCGGCCGGUUAUCUAGUUGUCUUCGAGGUCAUCUAAGGGUAGGCACAGGAAAUGAGCUGUUCCGACAUGGUCGAACCACAGAGAGAGGGAGGGGAUAGAUGAGUCGGUUCGGCAAAGAGCUAAUCAGUAUCAUGUGAGACUUGUUGCAUGCAGGACAUAUAUUUUGUAUAACAGGGUUCAGUCUGGAUAAGUAGGAGAUACAAAGAUGAUCGAAGGUCUUAACAGGUGUUUAGUAAAAUAAGCAGUAACUUUUUGUACCGAAGUGUAAAUACUUACCUUCAAGCUCUCUCUCGUUGACAUAUUGGGAAACGUAUAUUAGGAAUUGGAUCUAGACCUUAUCUUUCAUUAAAAACACAUUUCGUUUCACUUCAUAAUUGUUUUGUAUGUAUUUGAAUUGUUAGUAAUUGCAUAAGAAUUCGGUUUGUUGCGGCCGGUGAGCGCCAAAUAAGUGGACAACUCAAAUGUUGGCCUUUAGACACACAUAUAAAUAGUCCUUAAAAGUUGUCUUAUUAUUUCUUAUAAAUGUAUAUAUGAAUUUAGGUAUGUACUAUGUAUGAGUGUGUGGGUGAAUAUUCGAAAUAUACAUAUACAUACAUAUGUAUCUAUUAUGGUGGCAAUAUGCAAAUAUGUUUGCUAGCUUAUAUACUUCUGCGAACACAGUAAGUGUAGAUGUCUGUAUGUAAGUAUAUAAUAUUUUUUUUGUUGGUAGUACACUUAUUAGGUAAAUCGUAGUUUGUGGAUAGGUGGUUAGAAGUUGUCUUUUUUUAAUGCUAUAAACUAUUUUAACUAAAUUUACUUUUUAUGUAUGUAUGUAUGUAUGUUGUAGGAUGUAGAUUUAAUUAAAUUUUACUUUUGUAUUUUAUAUGUAUGUAUGUAUGCGCUUAAUUAAUUAUUUCUAAGACAUUAAAUAAAACUAUAUAAAUUGCCAUACAUAUUUAUAUAAGUAUAUAUGUGUGUUAUAAAUAUUUUGUAGAUUUUUCGCUAUUCGAUUCCAUUUACUUUUGCUUUACUUGCGCACCAAAAUUUAAUUUUUUUGUAAUUUGUUUUUUUUUUUUUUUUUUUUUCAAA